AUGGCUGAAUACAGUGCGCAGCCCGCCAAUGGGACCCUUCAAAAUGGGGAUAACGGACCAACCGCAAGCUCAGGUCGCUUUGAGCUCAUCUCCGGCCCCCUGAUCAACUUGAAGAACAUGCACUACGAAGCCGCCACCGUCUGGCACGGUAGUGUCCUGAUCGUCACAAAGCCAGGCCAGGAAGGACCCCAACUGCGCCUGCGCCAGCUCGGCUCCGUGGACGGACAGGGUGGUACCGCCCAACCCCAAACCGUCGAAGGUCUCAAGCUAUACGAGGAUCCCGAGAAGGCAUUCUGGCGAUUCUCGCUGGCUGUGCCGGUGGAGAGUUUCGAGGCGCGCUGGGAGUACGACAUCCCCGGGCUUUGCAACGCGUCCGGAGAUCAGGUCCAGGCACCCUGGGAAUUCGUGGUUCCUGCCGAAGAACAGUCCAUGCGCAUCAUGUUCCACUCGUGCAAUGGCUUCUCUGUCGGUACGGACAUGAACGCGUGGGUAGGCCCGAACCUAUGGAACGAUGUCAUGCGCGUGCACGGCGAGAAGCCCUUCCACGUCAUGGUUGGCGGCGGCGACCAAAUUUACAACGACGGAAUUCGUGUGGACGGACCACUCAAGCCCUGGACGGCAAUUUCAAACCCUCACAAGAGGCGCAACCAUGAUUUCGAUAAUCAGAUGCGCGCUGACUGCGACGAGUACUAUUAUGCCAACUACGUGCGCUGGUAUAACACCGAGCCCUUCCGUACGGCAAACGGUCGCAUUCCCCAGGUCAAUAUCUGGGAUGACCAUGAUAUCAUCGAUGGCUUCGGCUCAUACACUGAUCACUUCAUGAAGUGCGCCGUGUUCCGUGGUAUUGGCGGUGUUGCUUUCAAGUACUACUGCCUCUUCCAGCAUCACAUGGCCCCUCCCAAGUCCACUUUCACCACCGAUUCCCCGCAGACUAUGCACGCGGUCAAUGGAACCUCGGGUGUUGACCCGCGUCAGGUGGAAAACACCUACGUUCUGGAAAACCAGGAAGAAGACGAUAGCUGGAUCAUUGGUAAACGGCCAGGUCCAUACGUCGAAGAGCGUAGUCGAAGCUUGUACAUGCGCUUUGGAAAGCGUAUUGCCUUCAUGGGUCUGGACGCCCGCACAGAGCGUACCCGUCAUCAAGUCAAUUACAACGACACAUACGACCUAAUCUUUGAGCGCCUGCAGCGUGAAAUCGCCAAUGCAGAGGGUGACAUCAAGCACCUUGUCGUGCUUCUCGGCGUUCCAAUCGCGUACCCCCGUCUUGCCUGGCUCGAGAACAUCCUCACAUCCCCAGUCAUUGCCCCGAUCCGACUGCUGAACAAGCGCUUCGGUGUUGCCGGUGGACUUUUCAACGAGUUUGAUGGCCAGGUCGAUCUCCUCGAUGAUCUAGACGACCACUACACCGCGCGCCAACACAAGCGGGAGCGCAAAAUGCUCGUUCAGCGUCUUCAAGAGCUCGCACGCAGCAACAGCAUGCGUGUAACCAUUCUCAGUGGUGACGUCCACCUCGCAGCCAUCGGACGUUUCUACUCGAACCCGAAGCUCAACCUCGCUGGUGAAAACGACCACCGUUUCAUCGUCAACGUCGUCAGCAGCGCCAUCACCAACAAGCCCCCACCCAAGGCCGUCGCCAACCUCCUCGCCCGCCGUAACAAAAUCCACCACCUAGACCGCGACUGCGACGAGACCCUGAUGCCUAUCUUCGACAAGCAGCCCGGUAACGAGGAGAAGAGUGCUGCGUGGAACAAGGUCACCAUGCCAUCGCGCAACUACGCAAUCCUCACCGAGGUCACCGCUCCCAGCGCCACCGGCGCCGACGGGAUCCUCGAGACCGAGAGCGCAAAGCUAGACAAGCUCCCCAAGGACGGACACGCCCCGUUGCACAAGGGCGAAGUCGGCGCUGGAUCCAACCACCGUGCAGCUGAUGGAAUCGAUACGCAGAGUGGUAUGUACGGUGGCCUUGACGUGGCGAUCCGGGUCGAGAUCGAUCCCCAGGAUCGUAGCGCUAAAACAGAGGGGUAUGGCUUUAGCAUCCCGCCACUCAUGGCUACUGAGGGGGCUCCGCGCAGUGGUCAUCGGAUGAGCUUCCAUUCCCGCAGGUCGCAUCAGAAUCCGAGUCGUCCGUCUACGGCUCAGUAA